AUGCAGCUCUUGAGAAGCCUCCUGUUCGUGCCCGGCAACCGGGCCAACAUGCUCGACAAAGCCGUCGGACUGAGACCCGACGCCGUCGUCCCCGACAUGGAGGACUCCGUACCCGCCGCCGAAAAGGCGAACGCACGAGAGAUGAUCGCAUCCUUCCUUCCGACACUGGCGGAAACCGGUCAUCAAAUCAUCCCGCGAGUCAACAGCCUCCACACGUCGGUAGGAUGGAGAUCCGCGGCGCACAUCUCGUUCGGGGCACCGCGAUGUGGUCUCUGGGUCGAAACUGCCGGCGCCAUCGUGAACGCCUUCUCGAUCUGCAGGGCCUCCAAGCGCGUCAUAGCCAUCGCAUUCGGGGGCGAGGACCUCACGAACGACAUGGCGAUUCCAAGGACUGAGUCGGAGGAAGAGAUCGCCUAUCCUCGCAGUGUCGUCGCAGUGACCGCCCGUGCUGCCGGGGUGCUCGCUCUGGAGACGCCCUACUUCAACUAUCGAGAUGACGAGGAUCGAAGGGGCGGGAUCAACACUUCCUACAUGUCCUCCGAUGAGGAGAUCGAGCAGGCGCGUCGCGUGGUCGACGCCUUCGCGGAAGCCGAAGUACGCGGCAGCGCCGCCACGUCCCUCGACGGCAUGGUGAUCGACGUUCCCGUCGUCGAGCGAGCGCGCAAAGUCCUCUCCGCGCUCCCUCAAUCCGCCUAUGACGAAUAG